UUAACCACCUCCCCUCUGGCCGUUGUAUAUAAACGGCCGGACGGGAGCAGUGCAGGGGCGGGUGUACGUUUAUAAAUGGCCUCCCCACCCCCUGCCUGUGCGCACUCCCUGGAAGCACGCAGCACUGCGAUCCGGUGCCGCUGUGUCCUCGCGGACACAGUAGAACACCGAUCGUCGUACGGAACCUCUGUGCGAUCAUGUGGCCAAUCGGUGAUCACUGUACGGGUCCUCUGUGUGAGGUCCCGAUUCAUGUGAUCACUUCCAGACAUGAUUGCUUACUACUAGUGAAAUCUGUGACUGAUCACAGAGGUCACAUGGCGCAAGGCUAUUCACAACAGCCUUGUACCAUGUGACAAGCUGUGACCAAUCACAGCUCUCACAGUA